AUGGCAUAUAACGAUUCUGAUAAGCAGAGCAGUUAUCAUCAGUGCGCUCGUAGUGAGAUCAGUGAUCGUGAUGCUCCUCAUCUGGCUAACUUGGGAGAUGUUAUGUACUUCUCGAGGUAUAACGAGUACCUUACUGAUCCUAUUUCUGAGGGAUGCGCUCGUCUCUCAAUCGCCUCUCGUUAUGAUCUGAGCACCCAGGCGAAGUGUGGUGCCGGUGCUGGUCCCCAGGCUUUCGGUGCUAUCGAUGCUAAGGUUGUCGCUUCUAACGAUCUCACGACCGUUCAUGCUGUGUCUGGUCCUACCAGCGAUCCUGAGAAUGGCAUCCCAAUUUUCCAGUGGUCGACUUCUCCUGUUGAUGAUAUGAUCGAGCAUGUUGGUAUGCCUGAUAGUUAUGACUUCCCUUGGGUGAGGUUCAAUGGUGAGAGUUGGUCUCUAGAGGCCCUCGACGAUGCUGCUUGUGACCAUCCCGAUCAUAUUCGUAUGAACCCUCCAGCUACAACUACUACAACAACAGCUACUCCAACCAGCACUCUUCGUGGUGGUAACUAA